AUGAAUACAGAAAGUGGCGUUGAAGAAGAGCCUUCGCCUGAGCUGUGCGAUAUUGAAAACAAAUACUCUCAUUUUACUCCCCACCCCGAAGCCGAUGAGAGUUCAGACCAAAUGGAAGACCGCGUACAUCGGGAUAUUGAGCUUUUCUCAAGCAAUAUUACCUCGGCCGCUGCUAUCAAGACUCUGCCGCCUCUCGGCCCGGAUGGGCUACAUCACUUCUUGCCAGAAGAGCUCGAGGAGUUGAUGCAGGGAGAAGACAGCAAGAGCUCCGACCACGCGGUCCCUGGCCUAGACACGGCCAGAAAGUUUAUUGCGGCGAUCUUUGCGACGCCGACUUUUCUGAAAAACACCAUAGAACUGUGCUGCUGGUGA